AUGAAUAGCCUAACUGAUAAUAUAAUUGCCUUAAAUUAGGACAGAAGUGAGAGCUAACAGUAUAUUUAAUCGAAUCAAUAGCUAAGAAUAGAUCUUAAAUAGAUUUGUAAAACUAGUGAUUCAUCAAAAGUUAAGUUGGAUACCUAAUCAUCGCUUUAAUAUACCCCUUAAUCAAAUCUACGCAAACAUUUUAGGGAUGGCAAUUUUCAUAAUUUAGAUACUUAAAGCUAUAUUUCUAGCACAACCACCUCUGCCACUCGUGGCUUUUCGUUAUAAAAUAAACUCAAAGACAUAACUAAUCAUGCAAAGCUUUAAGAAGAUUAUGAGGAUGGUGAAAGUGUUUGUUGCUACUAUAAAAAUACGUUCACAGAUGAAAUUUUAGAUGAUGAAGUAUUUAUGCCAUAAACGAGAUUCUCUAAUAGAGAGCCCCAUUAGUCAAAACUAUUCUGGGAUAAAGAAAACAGAGAUUAAUUUCAUAAAAUAAAAAACAUUGAUACAGGCUAAGAGUAUGAUAUCAGAAAGAAAGACGAUUUUCAAUAGAUAACUGAUUAAGUGAUACCUAGCAUUAAAAUAGAAGAGCCAAAUUAAUGGAGUUAGUGGUGGGAGAAAAAGAAAGAAAACUAAAAAGAAUUUGAGAAAGCAUGCAAGCUAAACUUAACUGACAAAAUUAAAGAAUUAGUUUAGUAAACUGAAUCUGAUUUGAUGCCAAAUCUUAACGCUCCUAUUAAUGAAGGCUGGACUCCAUUACAUUACUUUGCUUACUUUGGCAAUACCCCAUUAUGCAACCUUUUAAUUUAGAAAGAUAUUAACUUAGAUUCUGUUAAUAUCUAAGGACAGACUCCUCUGAUUCUAGCUUGUUUAGAAAAUAAGCAAGACGUAGCAGCUCUACUCAUUGAAUCCGGCGCUAACAUAAAUGCACAAGAUCAAUAUCUGAAUACACCUCUUCACUACUGCUUUUUAAAUGGGGACAAAGACCUUCUUGACAUUAUUCUCAAAAAGCCCUAUCUUGAUAUAAAUUUAAGAAACAAUAAUAACAAGCUUCCAUACUAGGAAUCCUCAAAUGAGGAUUUAAUUACUUACUUCAGAUAGUAAGUGCAAAAGAAGGAAUUAUAAAGAAAUAUUAAAGCCCACAUGCAAAUAAUUGAAUAUGACGAAGAAGACCUUCACAAUCUCUUCUCCAAUAACUAAAGCAUAGUCUCAAACCUCCACUCAUAAUCAAUACUUAAUCAUACAAGCUAGUAUAUAGUGCAUGGCCUAAUUGGAAAAGGAGCUUUUGCUGAAGUUUUUCUAGUAGAAGAAAGAAAAACUGGAAAAUAAUUUGCACUCAAAAUGCUUCACAAAUAAAAAAUUAUAGAAUAAAAUAUGUACAAAUAUGCAAUAACUGAAAGAAAUAUCCUUUAGUUAGUUGAUCAUCCAUUUAUAGUUAAAAUGCACAAAGCUUUCCAAACUAAAGAUAAACUUUUCUUCUUAUUAGAAAACGGAAAAAGAGGUGACAUCCUCUAGCAUCUUAAGUUUGAAAAAAAGUUUUCUGAAUCAAAAGCAUAAUUUUAUGCUGCAGAAGUUCUUUUAGCUUUAGAGUAUUUGCAUAAUCAUGAUAUUAUUUACAGAGACUUAAAAGCUUAAAAUAUUUUAAUUGCUGAAGAUGGACAUGUGAGAAUUACAGAUUUCGGUCUUUCAAAAGAAGGAGUUAGAGAAUAUGAUUAGGGUGCUCGUAGCUUCUGUGGUUCAGUUGCUUAUAUGCCACCUGAAAUUUUAAGGAACUAGGGUCACGGAAAGUCAAUUGAUCUUUAUCUUCUCGGUAUAUUUAUAUUUGAAAUGCUUACAGGAUAGCCUCCCUUUUAUGGAAAAGAUGAGAACACAAUUUACAACAAUAUUUAAAUGAAUCAGCUCAAAUUUCCCAAUUUUAUUUCAAGGACUGCUAAAAGCUUGCUAAUUAAACUGCUUUCUAAAGACCCAAGAUUUAGACCUACUCCAGAUCAAAUUAAAAGACAUCCAUUUUUCUAGGGCAUUGACUGGAAGUAAUUAGCUUAAAAGAACGUAAAACCUCCUAAGUCUAUCUAACUUACCUAAUAAAUGUACACAUAAAACGAAGAUAUCUUUGAAGAUCGUGAAUUUCAAGUCUCCCCUACUAAAUUAAAUAAAAUCAAAUUAUAGUUCACAACUUAAACUGGAUAAAAAUAAGAACUAUUUUAAAAAUGGACUUUUGUAGGAAAUCCAUGA